ACAACUCUGCUAACUUGUCUGUUCGCUAACUAGUCAGUGAAAGAAACAACAACAGCGAAAUAAGACACGGAUUGUAAACUUGACUGUAAUAUUUGUAAGUAGUUGUUUGCUACCGUCACCAGGGAGUCGGGUGGAUUUAUUUGUAAAACAUUUAUUUGCAGGUUAAAUGGCUUGUUAGUCGACGUCAGAGAGCUAGGUAGCUUAAGCUAAGCGUUAGCUCGGAGGCUAAUCCAGAACACAAGAGGAUUCAGUUGUUAAGUUAGUUGUAUAUCCUCCAAGAUGAGUGAGCAACUGAGGUUCAUCGUGGAGCAGCUCAACAGAGAGCCGUUCAAGAAGAGCUUUAACCUGAUCACGUUUGACUCUCUGGACCCCAUGCAGCUGCUGCAGAUCCUCAACGAUGUUCUGGCUGAAAUAGACCCAAAGCAUGCUAUGGAUAUCCGUGAAGAACUGCCUGAACAAACCAUAAGGAGAAUGUGUGCUCUGCUGGGGAUGCUGAAGUACAAACCUCCUGGCAACCCGUCUGAUGUGAGCAGCUUCCGGCAGGGUCUGGUGAGCGGCAGUACGCCCGUGGUUCACCCCAUCCUGCACUGGCUGCUGCAGAGACUCCCUGAGCUGAAGAAGAGAGCCUACCUCGCUCGCUUCCUGGUCAAACUGGAGGUGCCCGCAGAGUUCCUGCAGGAUGACGUCAUCAACGAUACCUCUCACCAGUAUGAGGAGCUGGUGGAGAGUUUUAAGACGUAUCAUAAGGAGUGUGAGCUGCUGAGGACUUCAGGCUUCUCCACAGCAGAAAUCAGGAGGGACAUCGGUGCGAUGGAGGAAGAGAAGGACCAACUCAUCAAGCGUGUGGACAGGCUGAAGAAGAGGGUGGACUCAGUGUCCAACCAUCAGAGGAUGCUGGAUCAGGCCCGGCAGCUGAGGGUGGAGAAGGAGAGAGAGGAGUCGCUCACCCACCAGAAGCAGGAGCAGAAGAACCAGCUGUUCCAGGCGGAGCAGCGUCUGCAGAGGGCGAAGCAGCAGCUGAAGGAUUUGCGUCAGGCUGCAGCAGAUGCAAAUCCAGAGAGCCUAAUGAAGAGGCUGGAGGAGGAGAUCAAGAUCAACUCCUACAUGGUGUCUGAGAAGCUCCCCAAAGAGCUGGAGGUCAUGAGGCGCUCGGUGCAGUACCUCCAGAAGAUAUCGUCAGAGCCCGCCAUGGGCCAGGCCGACCUGCAGGAGCUGGAGGACAAGAUUAAAGAAGCCGACUCUCAGAUCAAUCAGCUGAUAGAGAAGAGGAUGAUGAGGAGUGACCCCAUGGACGACAAACUGACGCUCUACAGGCAGCAGGCGUCCAUCAUCAUGCGGAGGAAGGAGUCGAAGGCGGAGGAGCUGCAGGAGGCGAGGGAGGAGCUGGCGUCUGCAGAGAGAGACCUGAGGGGGAGGAGCCAGGCUCAGGACUCUGAGGGGGGGGAGAUCAUCCGGACAGACGAGCUGAAGCGUUUGGUUGGGAAGCUUCGCGGCAAGUCAGUGAUGCACAAGAAGAAGCGUCAGGAGGUCUCUGAGCUGAGAGCAGAGUACGGAGUCCUGCAGAGGACCGAGGAGAUCCUGAAGCAGAGACACGAGACCGUGCAGCACAAACUGCAAACUAUGGAGGCGGAGAAGGGCAUCUCGGGCUACAGCGACACUCAGGAGGAGCUGGAGCGAGUGUCGGCCAUCAAGAGCGAGCUGGACGAGAAGAAGGGACGAACGCUGGACGACAUGUCAGAGAUGGUGAAGAAAUUAAACUCCAUGAUAGUGGAUAAGAAGUCGGCUCUGGCUCCCAUUAUAACAGAGCUGCGGUCCCUGAGGCAGUGCUGUCAGGUCCUAAUGUGCUGUGAGAGAAACAUCCUGGGCUUUUUACUGCUCUCUAUCACACGAGCACUUCUUCUUCUGGCAUUUCAAACACGGGAAACUGCUGUAAAAACAAAAGAAUCAAGCCAGGAGUAUGAGGAGAAGAAGGCUCAAUAUGAAAGCUGUACGGCUGGUCUGGAGAGCAACAGAUCGAAAUUGGACCAGGAGGUGAAAGCACUGAGAGACGACACGUCGCAGGAGGAAAACAGAUAUCAUUACAUCAACUCCAUGUCAGAUCAGCGGGCGGCCGAGGAGAUGAAGGCCUACGUGUCGUCCGACCCACAAGAGAAGAAGAAAGCCAUCAGGGAGGUGUACAUGAAGAACAUCUCUGAACAGGAGCUACUGGGCAAGAAGCUGCGUGAGAAGCAGAAGCUGGUGAGGGAGAGCCACUCUGCCAACAUGGAGCAGAUGAAGCUGUGGAGCGACCUGCACACGCUGAUGGAAGCCAAGAGGCAGAGCUUCAUCCAGAGCCAGAGCCAGACCUCCAUCGGGAGGGUCAUCCAGGAGGGGGGCGAGGACCGGCUGGUGCUGUGAGGGGGCGUCAGGGGUCACACACACACACACACAUACAUACAUACAUACAUACAUACAUACAUACAUACAUACAUACAUACAUACAUACAUACAUACAUACAUACAUACAUACAUACACACAACAGUAUAUAGAAUACGGUUUCAAUGGGGAGAUGGGGAGGUGAUGCUUUUACACACACACACACACACACACACACACACACACACACACACACACACACACACACACACACACACACACUUCAAAAACUGCAACAGUCAUAUCUUUGGUAGCACUUUCUAUGACGCUUAUGUCUUUAAUGCAUUAAAAGAUGACUUAUACAGCCUUAUAAUCUGCUUAAUAGGAUCAGUAACUAACCCUAAACCAAAAACACGUUCAGAAACCAUUGACUACACUACACACUACUCUACGUCUUCCUACAGUUGUUAUACGGACUGUAAAGCAUCUUGUCUGAACACAAAGCCAGUUGAGUUUCACUUGAUACUUUGUCUAUUUCAAGAACUGCAACAAGGCAAGACAUUAAGAAAAUGGCAUUUAAAAACAGUCAUUAAAAAGCAAAGAUAAUAAAAUAAACAUUAAAAGGAAAAUACAUGAAUAAAAGUCAUCCCUUUUAGAUUUAGAUUUAGAUUAGAAUCAUUUCUAAUCUAAAUCCAGUUUGCUUUGUCUGGGGAGGAAACUACGGCUCAAGCAAGAACAAAGGAACCUUUUGACCUACAAUUAAGACUCUUUUUCCCUUCCAAGCUGCAUUUGUACAUUUUCAGUUCUAACAUUUUAGGGUUUCAUCAUUACCAUCACAAACUCCAGCUCAUCCUGCAGUGUAACCAGAAUCUUUAUCCCCUCAGAAACUCCAGAUCCAAUAAAGAUUGUGACCACUUGUUGCUCCACCUCGGAGCACCAAAAAAUAGUUUUACUUCUAGAUGUAAGUAACAUACGAUUCACAACAUAACAAACACUGCCCAUCAGGGCUUUUGUUUAUUUCGUAUUUGUUUUAUUUAGCUAGUAAAACCAUCCAUAUUUAAGUAUUCAGACAGUCGCGUGAAUAUACAUUGUACAUCUUCAGUUGCAGGUCUGCCGGCUCGUUGUGUAGACUUUUCCUUUUAUCCAUUGAAUAUGUUUCAGCAAAUUGCGUUCCUACUAUUUAUAAUUGUCCCUUUCUUAGCCAUCAGCAUAUAUCUUCUGUAUUUUACAUUUUCAGGUGGUUCUCGAAGUAAAUAAAUAUUGGACCCAUUGGGACGGCAAAUAGUCAUUAUUUAUCACUUAUAAUCUGCUUAAUAGGAUCAGUAAUUGGUUUACAGUGAUGACGUGUUUUGUAGUGGGCCCUGAAGGCAACAACUCCCUGGUUUAAUGAGAAUCUCCACGUUAUUUUACACGUUCAAAUCUCUUCAGCUUGUGUUUACCACAGACCUUAUUUCAUGCUAACAACCAAAAA